UCAUGCUCCGCCCGCCCAACGAAUAACAUACUCGGAGAGCUCGAGCCAUGGCCGUUCGUGAUACCUUGUGUAGUGCCUCGUAAAUGUGAUACUGUUAUGUGACUAUGUCUCAGGCCGCCGGCGGCAAGAAGGGAGGCAAAGGCCCUCCUAAGAAAAAUGCUGACGAAGAUAAGAAUCCACCGGCUAAGGCCGCAGAUGACGCUAAAGAUGAGACUUCUUCCAACAAUGGUGAUAAAAAGGAAGUUAAGGAGAGCAACGGGACGGAGAAUGUGGUCAAGCCUCCAAGUGCGGGGAUUAACAUCAGGGAAGUGGCUGCUAAGAUCCUUAUGCUGGCGCAGAAGGGAGAAUGGCCAGCCGUGGAGCAGACGCUCAAGGUUUUGGAGAAGCUGGUGGCGGCAGGUGGCGAGGAUGCCGUCUCCGUGCCCAUGGCUGGGAUCCUAGACCCGACGACGGGCAUGACACCGCUGAUGUACGCGGUGAAGGACAACCGAACAUCUUUCGUGGAGCGGCUCAUUGAACUCGGAUCCGACGUCGGCGCACGGAAUAAUGACAACUACAAUGUGCUCCACAUAUCAGCCAUGUACUCUCGAGAGGACAUCGUCAAGCUGCUACUGUCCAAGAGAGGAGUCGACCCAUUCGCCACCGGAGGGAGUCGGCAACAAACCGCUGUACACUUGGUGGCCAGUCGGCAGACCGGCACUGCCACCAGCAUACUCAGGGCACUGCUCACAGCCGCCGGCAAGGACAUCAGACUUCGAGUCGAUGGGAGGGGGAAGAUCCCGCUGCUGCUGGCAGUGGAGGCCGGCAACCAGAGCAUGGUGCGCGAGCUGCUCAGCGCGCAGACCGCCGAGCAACUCAAGGCCUGUACCCCUGCGGGGGACACAGCUCUGCACUUGGCGGCCAGGAGACGAGACGUGGACAUGGCGAGGAUCCUCGUGGACUAUGGAGCAGCUGUGGACGCGGUCAACGGGGCCGGCCAGACCGCACUACACAUCGCCGCCGCUGAGGGAGAUGAGCCGCUCGUCAAGUACUUCUAUGGAGUCAGAGCGAACGCUGCCAUAGCUGAUAAUGAAGACCGGACUCCAAUGCACUUGGCAGCUGAGAACGGCCACGCAGCGAUCAUCGAGCUCCUGGCAGACAAGUUCAAGGCAUCAAUCUUUGAGCGAACAAAGGACGGCAGUACUCUGAUGCACAUCGCCUCACUCAAUGGCCACGCUGACUGCGCCAUGAUGCUAUUCAAGAAGGGAGUCUACCUGCAUAUGCCUAAUAAGGACGGUGCCCGCAGUAUCCACACGGCAGCGAGGUACGGCCACGUCGGCAUCAUCAACACAUUGCUGCAGAAGGGAGAGAGUGUCGAUGUCACAACUAACGAUAACUACACAGCGCUGCACAUAGCUGUGGAGUCUUGUAAGCCAGCAGUCGUGGAGACACUGCUGGGAUAUGGAGCUGAUGUCCACGUGAGAGGUGGAAAACAGAGGGAAACUGCUCUGCACAUAGCUGCUAGGAUACCUGAUGGCGACAAAUGUGCGUUGAUGCUGUUGAAGUCGGGCGCUGGUCCUAACAAGGCGACGGAAGAUGGUCAGACACCAGUACAUGUGGCAGCUAAGUAUGGCAACCUUGCCACACUUGUCCUACUGCUCGAGGAUGGAGGAGACCCGCUAAGGAAGACCAAGACUGGCGAGACACCUUUACAUAUGGCGUGUCGAAGUUGCAAACCAGAUGUAGUGCGGCACCUAAUAGAAUUCGUCAAGGAUCAUAAAGGAGAAAAUGUCGCCACGUCGUACAUUGACGCCGUUGACGAAGAUGGAGCGAGUGCACUACACUUCGCCUGCAAAAUCACCAAAGAAGAGGUUAAAAUACCAACAGCUGAUAGACAAGUUGUCAAAUGCCUCAUAGAAAAUGGUGCCGACGUAACAUUAAUAACAAAACACAAUUAUGAAACUGCCUUCCACUUUUGUGCCAUAGCGGGAAACAACGAUGUGAUGACUGAGAUGAUAGCGCACAUAUCUCCUGCAGACGUCAGCAGAGCACUGAACAAACAGAACUCGAUAGGCUGGACACCUUUACUGAUAGCUUGUCAUAGAGGACACAUGGAACUUGUUAGUACGCUGCUGUCAAACCACGCCAGAGUAGACGUGUUCGAUACUGAGGGCAGAUCAGCUCUUCACCUAGCCGCCGAGCAUGGCUACUUACAAGUCUGCGAUGCUCUCCUAACAAACAAAGCAUUCAUUAACUCCAAAGCGAGAAACGGCAGAACAGCUCUUCACUUAGCUGCUAUGAACGGCUACGCACAUCUUGUUAAAUUCUUAAUACGAGAUCACAACGCUAUGAUAGACGUCCUUACAUUAAAAAAGCAGACUCCUUUACAUUUAGCAUCAGCGAGCGGUCAAAUAGAAGUGUGUAAACUUUUACUAGAACUUGGAGCUAAUAUCGAUGCAACAGAUGAAUUAGGACAAAAGCCUAUUCAUGCGGCGGCACAAAACAAUUACAAUGAAGUGGUUCAACUUUUUUUACAACAACAUCCAAACUUGGUGAUGGCUACUACGAAGGAUGGGAACACGUGUGCCCAUAUCGCAGCUAUCCAGGGCUCAGUGAAAGUGAUUGAGGAACUCAUGAAGUUCGAUCGGACUGGUGUUAUAUCAGCUAGAAAUAAAUUAAAUGACUCGACACCACUGCAGUUGGCCGCUGAAGGUGGUCAUGCAGAUGUAGUCAGAGUUUUAGUCCGAGCAGGAGCGUCUUGUACAGAUGAGAACAGAACUGGUCUUACUGCGGUACAUUUAGCGGCGCAGUACGGACACACUAAUGUGUUAGAUGUAAUGCGAUCGACCAACACGUUGAGGAUAUCUAGCAAAAAGCUAGGAUUGACACCAUUACACAUAGCUGCUUACUAUGGACAAGCUGAAACUGUUCGAGAACUCCUAUCCCACGUACCUGGAACGGUAAAAUCAGAAGCUCCAACUGGUGUAUCACUAGUUCCGGAGCUCGGAGCCGAGUCUGGACUAACACCGCUACACUUAGCUGCUUACAAUGGUAACGAGAACGUCGUGCGACUACUCCUUAACUCUGCAGGAGUACAAGUUGACGCCGCGAGUAAUGAAAACGGCUUCAAUCCGCUACAUCUCGCGUGCUUCGGAGGUCACAUGUCUAUUGUCGGUCUCCUCCUCAGUAGAUCAGCUGAACUACUUCAAAGUACAGACAGACACGGCAAAACUGGAUUACACAUAGCUUCGACACACGGGCACUACCAAAUGGUAGAAGUAUUGCUCGGUCAAGGAGCUGAAAUCAAUGCGACCGACAAAAACGGAUGGACGCCAUUACAUUGUGCAGCUAAAGCUGGACAUCUCAACGUAGUGAAGCUCUUGUGUGAAUCUGGAGCGUCACCGAAGAGUGAGACUAAUCUCAAUUGUGCUCCCAUUUGGUUCGCUGCGUCAGAGAACCACAACGAUGUCCUCGAGUACUUACUGCACAAAGAACACGACACUCAGUCCCUCAUGGACGACAAGAGAUUCGUGUACAACCUCAUGGUGUGCUCUAAGAACCACAACAACAUACCAAUCGAGGAGUUUGUGUUAGUCUCGCCGGCGCCAGUCGACACUGCAGCUAAACUGUCUAAUAUUUACAUUAUCCUAUCCACUAAGGAAAAGGAGCGUGCCAAAGACCUUAUAGCGGCAGGAAAACAGUGCGAAGCGAUGGCCACCGAGCUACUGGCACUCGCGGCCGGAGCCGAGUCCGCCGGACACAUCCUCACCGCCACCGACAACAGGAAUAUAGAAUUCCUCGACGUUUUAAUAGAAAACGAACAAAAGGAGGUUAUAGCCCACACAGUUGUCCAGAGAUAUCUGCAGGAACUCUGGAGAGGGAGCCUCAAAUGGACCGGCAUCAAAAUUAUGUUCCUUUUUUUCGCGUUCAUAGUAUGUCCACCCGUGUGGAUGGUAUUCUCUCUUCCAUUAGGCCAUAGAUAUAAUAAGAUACCUAUAAUUAAGUUCAUGUCGUAUUUAACUUCACACAUUUACCUGAUGGUAUUGUUAGCCUUAGUAGCAAUAACGCCUAUUUAUAAUUCGAUAUUUAGGGACAGUUUAAUUCCGAGGUGGUAUGAAUGGAUGCUGCUCAUUUGUCUGAGCGGUCUCCUACUCUUUGAGCUCACCAACCCCAGUGACAAAUCUGGUUUAGGGUGGAUCAAAAUAGCAGUAUUAUUAUGCGGCAUGAUCGGCGUGGCUACACACGUCGUCGGCUGGAUAUUCGUAUUACCUAAGUAUUGGCCAACGCUUAUGUAUUGUAGGAAUCAAUGUUUUGCGUUAUCAUUUCUAUUAGCGUGCGUUCAGAUAUUAGAUUUCUUAUCGUUCCACCACCUAUUCGGUCCGUGGGCUAUUAUUAUCGGAGAUCUGAUGAAGGAUCUCGGAAGGUUCCUCGCUGUAUUAGCGAUAUUCGUGUUCGGUUUCUCGAUGCACAUAGUUGCAUUGAACCAGCCGUUCAGGAAUAUUAUAAAGGCUGAAGACAAUAAGUACGCGAGACAACAAAGGAAGAAGCUGUUCUCCGACGUUACUAUGAACCCACUGUACUCGUUCGAGCUGCUGUUCUUCGCGGUGUUUGGCCAGACGACCACGGACCAGACGCGGGUGCAUCGUAACGAUAGCACCAUCCAGCCAGCCUGGACUAAUUACUUGUUUAAAAUAGUGUUCGGAAUCUACAUGUUGGUGUCAGUGGUGGUACUGAUCAAUCUGCUCAUCGCUAUGAUGUCAGACACGUACCAAAGGAUCCAGGCACAAUCAGAUAUAGAGUGGAAGUACGGUCUAUCGAAAUUGAUUCGCAACAUGCAUCGAACGAACACUGCCCCGUCUCCUCUCAAUCUGGUGACCACGUGGUUGAUGUGGCUCAUCCAUCGCUGCAAGGCCCGAAUAAGCAAAAAGAAGCGACCAAGCUUGGUGCAUAUGAUCGGUUUGCAGAGACAGGACCAGAUGAGCGCGCGGUCCAAGGCAGGCGCCAAAUGGUUGUCCAAGGUGAAAAGAGGACAAGUUGUGCCCAAAGAUUCAACGCGGCUCUCUGUGGUGCAUCUCAGUCCUUUGGGCUCCCAGCUAAGCAUCAGCAACACCACGAAGAUCGAGAGCGUGGUUGACUGGGAGAUCAUCGCGAAGAAGUACCGCGCCCUCAUGAGGGACGAGCCCGAGGAACCAGCAAUCAAGGAAAAUGAGGAGGAUUCGGCAGACAAUGUCUCCGAAAUCGUCCCAAAUAACAUAUCAGGCGCCCCGCCUUGAACGAAGGGGGCGAAGCUUUUGGGAAUCAGUGUAAACAUAAACAUGUAAAAUAUACAUUAAACUGAAGUUUUCUUCGGUCCAAAAAUAGAAAUGGCUGAUCGAAAAGAGCAAAGGUGCCUGGUGUGUAAUUUAAUGAAACAUUGUCACACGAAUUUUAUAACAGGAUAGUUUUGUAAAUAUCGAUCUUGAGUCGACUCAAGCAGAAACGUUUUUUUAUAAAAUUGAUCACUUAAUCUUGCAGUUGGUUGUGUACCUGCCUGGGUCGACCAGGUGGGUGCAAUGUGUACAUAUUUGAUUGAUCCUUUUGAACCUAAUGAUUUUGAUAUAUGAGGCCAACGCUGACCAUUGAAUUAAAUAAUAAUUGGAUAAGUCAUUAAUUUAGGGAAUUGAUAACAUUACUAUAACGUAGUAUUAUAAUCGAUGUAUAUAAAUAUGAUAUUUUUAGUUAAUAUGAGGCUACUACCAGUAUUAAAGUUAUCAGCAGUAUUAAAGUAACAACACAGGUACAAAACACAUUUUAACGUACAAAUAGUUUACUCUAUAUGAACUGGUUAAGUUCAAUUCUUUUUGUUACAUAUGUAUGUCAUAUUUUUAUACUAAAUACAUACCAUACUUAAAGGUACAGAAAAUCAUCUCCACAAAUCAAAAUGUCGUAUUUUAUGUAAAUACGGUAAAAUGGUGUGAAUAGAAUUCAAAGGGUGAAUAGAAACGCAAAAGGGGUGAAUAGAUGUUAGAACAUUUCCCAAACAUUUAUUCACCCCUCCAAUUCUAUUCACUUCGUU